AUGCCGAGCUAUCUCGUGACCGGUGCAAGCAGAGGACUUGGUUAUGGCAUGAUCAAGGUUCUGGCUGCUGAUCCUCAAAACAAAGUUAUUGGACUUGUUCGGGAUGCAAAGGCUACUCAAGCUCGCCUAAGCGCCGACAACGUAUCCAACGUACACAUUGUGGCCGCAGACAUUACUGAUGACAAGGCCUUGAAAGAGGCAGCAGAGGAAACGAAGCGCUUCCUUGGAGGCGCAGGAUUAGAUGUCCUGAUUAACAAUGCCGCCUACGUGAGCAAAGCUACAGAAUUGAAAAACUUUAAAGAUUUCGAGAAUGAUGUGCCGGCCGUUUUGGAAGAUGCGCAGAAGAGCUUCGAGAUUAAUGUUGUGGGAGUCCUCAAAACCAUCUUUGCUUUCCUUCCUCUGGUCCGAGAAGGCAAGUUGAAGAAGAUUGUGGGAAUAUCGAGUGGCAUGGGCGAUAUUGAAUUCAUCAACAGCAUCAAACUCGCCAACGCAGCUCCUUAUGCCAUCAGCAAAGCCGGCUUGACCACCAUGUUUGCAAAAUUCAACGCGGCGUACCAAGAUGAAGGGCUUUUGUUCUUUACCAUAUGCCCUGGUCUCGUCGACACCGCAGAGGGUGAUGCCACUUUAUCAAGCGAGGACUUGGCGCGUUUACAGGCAAUCAUGGCCACAUUUAAUGAAUAUGCGCCGGGCUUCAAGGCGAUGGACCCAAUUACUGCUGCGGAGAGCUCCUUGGCGGCAGUGGCUCGCUCGACGUUGGAGACGGGGCAUGGGGGCUCGUUUCUCAGCCAUAAUGGGACUAAGAGAUGGAUGUAG